AAUUAGUUGUCAUCGAACAACAAAGAUGGAGCCUUUGUUAAAACGAAGCCUAGUAGUUACGGUAAGAAGCUAAUUGGAGAUGGGAUUGUAGUAACUCGAGGUGAAAAAUUGUCCUCUCCAACUAUGCUUUCCAUGCAGAGAACUUGAAGGAAAUGGUCCCAGCAAUGACAGCAAGUGUGGAAACCAUGCUAGAAAGAUGGAGACAUCGUGAAGGAAAGGCAAUUGAAGUAUACGAAGAGUUCAAGUUGCUAACAUCAGAAAUUAUUUCACGGACAGCUUUUGGAAGUAGUUACUUGGAAGGGAAGAAUAUAUUUGACAUGUUGAUCAAGUUGAGCACAAUCAUAUCAAGGAAUGAAUUCAAGAUUCGCUUUCCUGGCAUCGGGAAAUUUGUGAAAUCAAACGAUGAUACUGAGUCCGAUAGAAUAGAACAUGCAAUUCGAGACUUAAUCAUAACGAUGAUACAAAAAAGAGAAGAGAAAGUGGCGCAAGGAAAAUCAGACAACUACGGGAGUGACUUUCUUGGAUCACUUAUAAAGUUUUACCAUGAUGCUGAUGAUAACAGUAAUAUUUCAAUUGACACUAUGAUAGACGAAUGCAAGAUAUUCUACAUUGCUGGACAAGAAACCACUAAUGGCUUACUAGCUUGGAGCAUUUUUCUCCUAGUCAGAUUGGCAAGAGAAAGCAAGGAAGGAGGUGCUUGAAUUGUUUGGCCAACAAAACCCAAGUCCAGAAGGCAUCGCAAGAUUGAAGAGUGUAAGCAAUUUCAACUCUCUAAUCAUCAUCCAUUAAUGUAUGCAUGUUAUCAUUUCAUAUCAGAUGCAAACGAUAUCAAUACUAAACUUCUAAGACAACACAAAACACUUCUAUCUUAGAGGCACCUGACAAAACUCGUGAAGUCAAUUGCUGGACUAGCCUCGAGUGGUUAGUCUUCUACGUAGAAAUUGGCCAUGUGUUUUACAUGUUAUCAUAGUUAGGUCAUUCCUAUACCAAGAUGGGGAUGUCCCAUAUUGGAUAAAGAUGAUGUCCAUAAUGGACUUAUAAGAUGACGCAAAAUGAGUCUAUCUUAUAAGCUUUGUUUGGGCUUGCAUCCUAAAGGGAGAAAUUCGUGGGACCGCUGUUGGUUUGGGAUAUAAAGAAACAUUUUUUUAGGUACAGUUGGGGCGUAAAUCUGACAAUGUGAAAUAAGAUUAAGUUUCUAAUCAUUUAUUUUUUCUUAUAGAUGAGCAUGAUCCUAAUGAAACUCUAAGGUUGUGUAGUCCAGCAGCCAAUAUGUGGAGAAAAGUUGAGAGGGAAGUCAGAUUGGGAAAGCUUGUUCUUCCAGCCAAUAUGGAUGUCUAUAUUCCAUCUCUAGCACUCCACCAUGACCCUAAUAAAUGGGGAAAAGAUGCUCACCUUUUCAAGCCAGAGAGAUUUGCAGAAGGGGUGGCUAAAGCAACUAAUAACAACACAACAGCAUUCAUUCCAUUUGGUUUAGGACCUCGAAUGUGUGUGGGUUUGAACUUCGCAGCAGCUGAAACAAAGAUAGCACUCUCAAUGAUUCUGCAACGCUAUACAUUCACCCUCUCGCCAACUUAUGUUCACUCACCAAUGCAAAUGCUUACUAUUCACCCAAAGCAUGGAAUUGAAGUCAUAUUCCAUGCAUUGUAAAUUUCAGUUGUAGCUUUUCCCUUAUCAAUGUGAGCAAACUCGUAAACUAUUGACAAUA